AUUUCCUGGAAAAGAACCUGGACCGGGGCUCCUGGCCCCUAACCUUGGCCUGAGCCCCUCCUCUCUAGGCUUUCAUGACAGGCUGCCAACGCCUCAGCAUGGAGAGCCGCGCCAGCCCCAGCCCCAGCUUGGGAGGGCUGCCCUGCUGCGUGGCUUUCUCCCAGCUGCUGGGCCUGACUGUGGUGGCUGUGACUGGGGCCUGGCUCGGUCUGUACCGGGGAGGCAUUGCCUGGGAGAGCGCCCUGCAGUUUAACGUGCACUCCCUCUGCAUGGUCAUAGGCCUGGUCUUCCUGCAGGGAGAUGCCCUGUUGGUUUACCGCGUCUUCAGGAACGAGGCCAAGCGCACAACCAAAGUCCUGCAUGGGCUGCUGCAUGGCUUCGCCUUCAUCAUCGCGCUGGUGGGCCUGGUGGCGGUGUUUGACUACCACCGGAAGAAGGGCUACACUGACCUGUACAGCUUGCACAGCUGGUGUGGCAUCCUGGUCUUCACUCUCUACUUUGUGCAGUGGCUGGUGGGCUUCAGCUUCUUCCUGUUCCCUGGAGCUUCAUUUUCUCUGCGGAGCCGCUAUCGCCCUCAGCACAUCUUCUUUGGCGCCUCCAUCUUCCUCCUCUCUGUGGGCACAGCCCUGCUGGGCCUGAAGGAGGCACUGCUGUUUAAACUUGGGGCCAAGUACAGCACGUUCGAGCCCGAGGGUGUCCUGGCCAACGUGCUGGGCCUGUUGCUGGCUGGCUUCGCGCUGGUCGUGCUCUAUAUCUUGACCCGGGCAGACUGGAAGCGGCCCCCCCAGGCCGAAGAACAAGCGCUCUCCAUGGACUUCAAGACGCUGACGGAGGGCGACAGCCCCGGCUCCCAGUGACAGGCUCUCUGGUCCUGCGGGGAUGGAGGGGCUUGGCUGUGGGGCUUCCUCAGGUUCGGUUCUGACAGGUGUCUCUGUAUAGCCUCGAGGCUGCCUUCAGGAUUCCUGGCUCCUGGGAUGCUGGGGGAGGGGGUGAGGAGUGUAGGGACAGUGUGCCUCUUGGAGCAAUGAUUUCUGGGGUGUAGGGCUUGGCUGCCUCUGCUUCCCCCUCCUUGCUGCUGCUUUAGUGUCUUGUUAGUCAUGCGCAGACCCUGCCCCUGUUGUCCCCAUCACCCCCUCAAAUGGAGCUUAGGGUAGGUGUUUGGGUGGUCAGGCCUGGUUGCUGAAGCUCAGGCCCUUAAAGGAGACGGAGAGCGGCUCCCCCACUCUAGGCCAAGUCCUAGGGUUGUGGGAGAAACCUGGGCCUCAGCGACAGGCCUGGCAAAGCCAGGGCUUGCUUUGUGUAACUGAAUUCAAACUAGGAGUCCCGCUAGCCUGGGUGACACGUGGUCUGAAUGGGUCUGGCCCUUGGCAGAGGAGCAAGUGAUAUUAUGUGUAAACUAUGUUGGUGUUCAGAGUGGGACCCCCCUGGAGAGGGGAGGGACUGGCCCCUGGGAAGCUCCAGAGAUGUGGCUUUGGCCCAACUGUGCACUUGAGCCUUCCCUUUCUUUAACUCCUUAGCCCCAGAAUGGCUUUGCUGGGAGAGGGGAUGGGAUACAGGACUUCAGACAGACCUACCCCUUGGCAGCUGAGGGCAGCUGAGGAGGGAAGAGGAAGGAGAUGCCCCCUGCGUAGGCUGUUGGGUGGGGCUUACCUUGCAGCUCAGCCUGUAGCUCCCAUUGUCCCCGUCCUCACGAGCCAGCUCUGACCAGAGGCUGAGGGCACCUUUUUUAUAAAAAAGGAAAAGCUGCUACUCCUGUCCCCUUUCCCCUUCGAUGGGGAAGAUGGGGGCUGCCUGCUUCUGUUAGGACAGCCUCACCUGCCCUUACCUUCCAGGCCCAUCUCUGCAGGAAGCUGGGGCCGAGUCGGAAUCACAUUAAUCCCCGACCCCAUAUGUGUGUUAUGUUGUUCGCUGAGUCACUGCUUGGCGUCAGUUUAGAAAUAACGUGAUUAGAACAUGGAUCUUGUGCUUCUUGGACUUGGCGAGUGCUCUCUCCUUGUUUUGUUCAUUUUCUGGGCUUUGAGGAGCAUGACACAGUUUGAGACAGACACAGUUUACUUAAAUGAAGAAAUUAAUAACAUUUCCAAAUCUAUCGUGUUGUUUUUUUAACGGUUGCCUUCUUCACAGCUACAUGCUGCCUUAGAGAAAGGGGCUAGUCUCCUGUACUGCUCAGAUUUCUAAUACUCUGCGUUUGCCGUGGGUCCUGCUUCAGCAAUUCCACUUCUCAGCAGGUGGCUGUGGUCCAGUGGCUUCCCCUGCAGGGCUGCCCAGGCCCAUCCCCUCCCAUCUCCCCAGCAGCUUGCCUGGAUGAGGGUGUUGGCCCGUUUAGAUUGGGCGCUCUGCAGGGGGUGGGGUGGGCGUCAUCAAUUCUUUCAUCACCUGGCACACGCUUGUGUCAUCAAAUGUUUACAU